UACUUGGGGUCACCGGCACACCAAGGAAGAUCAGAUCACUCACCUCACCCUACCUGGGCGGGACUUGGAGAUGACGGGGUUGGUACCGACCCUAUCUUCAAGAAUUUCUUGGCGCCUAAACCUACUUCACAAAACCACUCAAUACGUAACAAUUAGAGCCUUCAAAGCUUUGAGAAUUCCAAGCAGACCUGUAUUGCCACCUCUCUCCUCUGCUUUUCCACUCAAUUCUAGUCCACCCCGUUUAGUUUCCUCGUAUUCCAAUAAAUCAGCAGCAGUCCAAAUGCAAAACCCAUUAUCCUCAGAUGAUAAUUUAGUCAUUUUGGGCAUUGAAACCAGCUGUGACGAUACUGCGGCUGCUGUUGUUCGAAGCAGUGGUGAGAUUCUGAGCCAAGUUGUGUCUUCUCAGGCGGAUCUGCUUGCUCGCUAUGGGGGGGUUGCACCUAAAAUGGCUGAACAAGCACAUGCACAAGUAAUUGAUCAGGUAGUACAGGAAGCCUUAGAUAAAGCUCAACUGACUGAGAAGGAUCUUACUGCAGUUGCAGUCACUAUUGGUCCUGGUUUAAGCCUUUGUUUGCGUGUUGGUGUGCAAAAGGCUCGCAAAAUUGCUGGCAGAUUGAAUCUACCCAUAGUGGGGGUGCAUCACAUGGAAGCACAUGCCUUAGUAGCUAGGUUAGUAGAAAAGAAACUGCAAUUCCCUUUUCUCGCCCUGCUCAUCUCAGGAGGACACAACCUUUUAGUUCUUGCCCGGGAUCUUGGCCAUUACAUACAACUUGGUACCACAGUUGAUGAUGCAAUUGGGGAGGCAUAUGACAAGACUGCAAAAUGGCUUGGUCUUGAUAUGAGGAGGAGUGGGGGGCCUGCAAUUGAGGAGUUAGCUCAUGAGGGAGAUGCAGAAGCAGUCAAAUUCAGAGUUCCUAUGAAACAACACAAAGACUGCAACUUCUCAUAUGCAGGGCUAAAGAAUCAAGUGAGGUUGGAAAUCGAAGCACAGAAUAUCAAUGCUGAAAUCCCCAUUUCUUCAGCUAGUAGUGAAGAUAGAGGUGCGAGGGCAAAUAUUGCUGCCUCUUUCCAGCGAGUUGCAGUAUUACAUUUAGAGGAAAAAUGCCAACGAGCAAUUGAAUGGGCAUUGAAAAUUGAGCCUUCUGUGAAGUAUUUGGUAGCUUCCGGAGGUGUUGCUUCAAACAAGUUUGUCCGCUCUCGCCUUAAUCAGGUAGUGGAAAGGAAUGCCCUGCAACUUUUGUGCCCUCCUCCUAGCCUCUGUACUGAUAAUGGUGUAAUGAUUGCUUGGACCGGCGUGGAACAUUUCCGGGUAGGAAGAUAUGAUCCUCCACCACCUGCCAAUGAACCUGAAGAUGCCCAGCUUGAUUUGCGGCCAAGGUGGCCAUUAGGUGAGGAGUAUGCGGAAGGAAGAAGUGAUGCCCGAUCAAUGAGAAAGGCUCGGAUUCAUCCAUCGCUGACAUCUCUCAUUCAGGCAUCUCUGUUAGGACAGCCAAAGCCUACAGUGUGAAGGUUACUGGUGCUCUCUCAAAUGAAUGAUGUCCUUUCUGAAGCCCUAAUGUUUGAAGGAUAUAGCUUGCAACUCUACACUGUCGCCGGCUGAAUGUUUGCAUCAAGUAAGAGUUUUCAAAUUAUAUCAAGAAACUGGCUCUGCGGGACAGUUCUUAGUAUUCCCUUGUCAAUAUAAAUGUGUGGAUUCACAGAUACCCUAGAAGAUUUUCUGCUCAAGGAACAUUUUUCUAGAGCACGGCAUAAGUUAUUCAAUGCUCAUUGUGUACCAGUGUUUAAGCAUUUGCCUUGGUAGACUAGAUGGAAUGAACAUAAGCCAAUUUUCUCUUUGAAGGAUAUAGCUGUUACACUCUUCAUUCUAUCUUUGGAUUGUAGGGGGCCUGAAAGGUCUUUCUAAUUAUAGAGCAAUGCUAUGCGGCCACAAAUGUUAGAGAUUCCACGAAGGUUGUGCUUGG